AUGGGCUCGAAGCACCAAUUAACAGAGCCGGCUGAGGAGACUUUUGAGUCGUCAGCGAAGCACCAAUCCACCGUGCCGACCGUUGGGCCGCCGAAAAGCCUCUUCCUCGCGCUUCUCGCGUUCAGGUUACUCAACAGUCUCGCAGUGCAGACCUAUUUCAACCCGGACGAGUUCUGGCAGGGACCGGAGGUGGCUCACCGGAUGGUGUUCGGCUACGGCUAUCUCACGUGGGAGUGGCAGCCUGAGUGGGCAGCUCGCUCCUUCCUCCACCCGCUGCUCUUCGCUGCUGGUUACCGCCUGCUCGCCCUCUUACGCUGCGACACGCCCUGGCUCGUUCGCCACUCGCCGCGGUUCAUGCAGGCAGCCAUGGCAACACUGGCGGAUGUGCGUCUCUAUGCGCUCACUCACAGGUUGUUCCCCUUUGCUCCUCGCGUUUCUCCUCUCCCCCUCCAGCGCCACUCGCCGCGAUUCAUGCAGGCAGCCAUGGCAGCACUGGCGGAUCUGCGUCUCUACGCCCUCACUCGAAGGCUCUUCCCUUCGCACCCCUCCGCUGCUGCAUGGGCGAAGGGUUUUGAGAUGUCUCAAAACCCUUCUUCAAUCACGAUGCUCUCUUUCCCCUUCCCACAUGCACCCCUCACCCCUUCUCACCCGUCCACCCCUCUCGUCUGUCCUCUCCCCCCCCCGUCAGCUCGCCUGCAACCUGGCCUGCUGGUUCCUCCUCUUCUGAUCCACACGCACCUUCUCCAACUGAUGCUUUCUUUUCCCACAUGCACCCCCACCCCUUCUCACCCUCCUCCCCUCGCCCCUCUCCUCGUCCCCCCGUCAGCUCGCCUGCAAUCUCACCUUCUCUGCAAUCUCACCUGCUGGUCCCUCUUCUUCUGCGCAACACGCACCUUCUCCAACUCCCUCGAGGCCUCCCUCGCUGUCAUCGCCCUCUCCUACUGGCCCUGGCGCCACUGCCAGGGGGACACUGAGGGCGCGCAGGACACGGGUGAGGGGACACAGGGGCGCACUGAGGCCGCCAAAGGGAGAGGUGCUGAGCAAGGGAGAGGAGGAGGGCAAUUGUCUGCAACCGCUCAGGUCUCUGAUCUUAGGGGAGCCAACCGCCCACUGGCCCUCGCCUUGGCAGCAGCAGCGUGCAUGGUUCGCCCCACCAGCACUCCCUUCUGGCUGCCCCUGGGUCUGCACGAGCUUGCUCUGCUGCUGCUGGAGGGGACGUUGAAGGGAGGGAGUGACAGCAGCAGGGGCAGAUGGGAGUGGGUGCGGCUGCUGCUCCUAGAAGUGCUGCCUAUCGGCCUGAUAGCUGUCGCGAUCACAGUGGCUGUGGACAGCUGGCAGUACGGCCAGCCAAUGGUGUUCACCCCCCUGAACCUUCUCCGCUUCAACGUGCAUCUCAAGGGCUCCAGUCUACACUCCUCACAGCCAUGCAAGGCACACUCUCAUCCCUCCCCCUCACGUGUGUUCAUCCUCGCUCUUUCUCUGGAUCCUUAUAGAACCCUUUUACACCCUUCUGCUCCCCUCCUCAUCCCCUCCUUUCUCUUUCCCCGACCCUCCUCAUCCCCCACCCUCCUCAUCCCCCAUCAUGGCAAUGAACGGCAUCUACUCCGCACUCACAUGCAUUUCAACCUUGUCAUUAUUUUCUCACCUGGAUCUCUCUAUACCCAUUUACACCCUUCUGCACCCCGCCUCAUCUCCCAGGGCCUCAUAGCCAUGCACGGCACUUUCUUCCCCCUCGCCUGCCUCGGCCUCCUCUGGUGCUCCUUCUUCCACCCUUCCGCGCCCUCUGACUCCCCACCUCGUUAUACGCAUCUUCACCAUCUUCACCAUCUGCUUCAGCACCUGCAGCAGGGUCUGGUGUGGUGGUCGGUGCGCCUGCCCUUCCUGCUGGCCCUCUGGCUGCCUCUCUUCUACUCCCUCUCGGAUCACAAGGAGCACCGCUUCAUCCUGCUCUCGCUCCCUCUCCUCAACACAUACGCUGCUCUCGCCCUCUCUCUCCUGAAUGAGGAGAGGGAGAGAGAGCAUUCAAGACUCGCCACCACCUGUAACAACUGCAACACCAGCAACACCAAGCCUCACACACCCGGCCAAUCGCCUCCGCUCCAUCAAGCAUCUAACUCCUUGAAACCGCCCGAACCAUCUCAAUUACCCAACCCGUCCCAAAGAUCCACAUCAUCUCGUUCCGGCCCAGCAGAUCAAUCAUGGCGCGCCUUCCUGUCCCCCUUCCUCCACCCACAAUCGCCCCUGUUCCGCCUACUCCUCACAGCAGCCUUCCUCCCCCAGCUCCUGGCCGCUCUGUACCUGUCCACCAGCCACCAGCGAGGCACCAUUUCUGUCAUGCCCUUCUUAGAGGGAGAGAUCCACGGGAUUCUGCACACCCACUCAACACCAUCAAGGGACGUGGGGAGGGGAGGAGGAAUUGAGGGGGAGGGGGGAGGAAAUGAAGGGGGGGAAGGAGUGAGGGAGGGGAGAGUGGAGUCCCUUGUGCUGCCACUCCCCCACAGUUGUCCCUCUUCUCGUUUGCUCGACUCCCUCCCACUCCCACAUUUCCAACACUGCUGCUGCACUCACUAUGCUCACAUGCGCCCCCAUCAUCUCAUGUGA